AUGGCGUCGGCGGCGGUCGGGGGCGACGGUUGCGCGAGCGGGCGGCGGUGCGGAUCUCGUCGGAGCUCGCAACUCAUCGAUGGCUGCGUGACGCGUGGAGAGGCAAGGGCGGCUGCAUUUCGAGACGAAAAUGGGGCCGGGGUCUCGGGUAUUUAUAGGAGGGAGGCGUGGAGGAGGGGCAACGCGAGAGGAGGUGCCUGGGACGGGCACGGCGUCUGCGAAGCGUACGCGCGGAGGAGUCUGGCUCGGCUUGGGGAAGAAGAAGCUGACAUGUGGGGUCCACCUAUAAACCCUAGCAAUUUCCCCUCUCCGCCGCCGGACACCUUCCCCGCCGCCGACGGACGUGUCCGCGCCGCCACCCGACGAAUCUGGGGGCAACACGUGGCCUCCGCGCCGCCCGUACGCCGCCGGCCCGCCAGGGCCCAGGCCGAGCCCUCCUGGCCCGAGCCGCCCGAGCCAGCCCCCGCGCCCCGCGCCACCGAAGCCCGCGCCCCGCCACCUCGUCCUCCCGCCGGCGCCGCCGCCGUCCUCCGCCCGCGCGGCACCCGCGACACCGUCCGCCGCCGCCUCCUCUCCUUCGCCGCCCCGUCGCCUCUCCGCCCGCGACGCCGUCCGCCGCCGCCUCCUCUCCUUCGCCGCCCCGUCGCCUCUCCGCCCGCGACGCCGUCCGCCGCCGCCUCCUCUCCCUCGCCGCACCGUUGCUCUUCCGCCUGCAACGAGCUCCGGCCGCCUCGACUUCCAUGCCGGGCCCCGAUCCAGAUCUAG